AUGCAUGUCUGUGAGAUGAAGAGUCUAAUGGCUGGCAAAAAUAACGUUACGCAUUUAUACCUGACGCACAAUAGCUUGCAAGAACUGCCAGAUGGUUCUCUAGUUGGCUAUCCGCAUCUUAUAUAUCUAUCCCUGGCGUACAACAAUAUUAGUACUUUGACGUACAAAGCAUUUGAAGGCCUCAAAAACUUAACAACUUUAUGUCUAUCUCACAAUCCUCUUCGUUCAAUAAAAGGGAACCUAUCAGGCCUACUCUCCUCGCUGUCAGUGCUGUACGUUACAGGGGUCGAGUACUGGGUACUAGAUAAACCGCUUCUUGAACUGCCUAAGCUGAAACACGUCACCAACGUAAUCCUGCCAUCGUAUAAGUCGGAAGGAUACUGUGGUUAUUGUUCAUUUAAUCGAAGUAACUUAACGUGGACCCCACUGGCACCUUUUGUUGACAAAUCUGGGUGUUACCUACGAAGACAUAGCGUGAACAUGCUAUCAUCCGUAGCACAGCUACUCAACGGUAGCUAUUUCCAUAUUCAAUGCAACAACCGUAAUAUUUUCAAAUGUAAGCAUAAUAAGAUAAAUUUCUAUACWUACUAUAUUGAGAAUAGCUGUUGGAAAGAAAUGCUCAUUGUAAUCAAAUGUCAGAGUGCUGUAGGCUGUUUCGUAGCGCUUCUCAAUCUCUUAGUAUUUUGGAAUAUCAUGACGUCUAAAUAUCUACGUAAGAAUGUCUCCAUGUUGUUCGUAGGUAAUAUGGCCUUGAGUGACCUGCUUAUAGGCGUCUAUGUUCUGCGUAUUGGAGUGUAUUUAAGCGGUACAACAUACUCCUACUUCGACUACGAGUCACGGCAUGAUUGUCAAUUGAUUGGUUUUCUGUGGAUGUUAGGACAAGCAGGGAGUGUUAUCACUUCAUUCUUGUUAACUCUAGAAAGGUAUCUCGUUAUUGUCUACAGUCUUAAUCCUAACAUUCGAAUCACUCGUCGUAUGGCAAUGAUUUUGAUCUUCGUUUGUUGGCUGUUGUCUGCCUUCUUCACUUGCUGGUGUUUUUACUAUGAAUUGUAUCAAUACUCGUAUUUGUGUAUUCCAAUUCGUUUAAGUAUUGAUAAGAAAGAAAAGAUUUUUGUGUUCACGUUAACAAUAGGUUCUAUAGGAAUAUUCUUGUGCUUGAUAUCUUUCAUUUUUUACAUUCAUAUCUUUGUUACCGUCAGGCGCGCGGCUCAAAGAGCAGGUGUCAAGCGAGAAUCAAAACUUGCUAAAAGAGUUGCUAUUCUGGUUGGAAGCAAUAUCAUCUUUUAUAUCGCUCCGGUUCUUUUCUCUGGUAUUACUUUCCUUUCAAGUUCCAGUAGCAAGAAUAUGAGUGCUUUGCAACAAAUCGCUACAGAAAUUGUUAGUCUUUUCUGCUUGUGCGUGAAUUCAUUUCUCAAUCCAGUUAUACAUGCCUUUCGAACAGAUCUUUUCAAGACGGUCUUGAAGGAAAGAUUUUCUGUGGCUCUACUGACGUUUCGUAGUGGAUUUGUAAUGAGGCCAGUUAACCAACCAACCAACCAACCA